AUGGCAGCAAACGCUGGGCUGGAGGAGAAUGCAAGGACUAAGGUCUUGAAGUGGGGAAGCCAGAGACUAGUAAUAAGUAAAACUGCUGGAGGAAUCUUGAGACCAAGGUGGGAGAACCAGGACCAGGUGGGAGUCGAAACUCAGGAACUAGGGAAGAGAAAUCAGAGGGAGGCUGGAGGUGAGGAUCUUCCUGAAACCCAGGCAUGUAUAGGAGAGAACCAGGAACAGUUAAGAUGUAAAACUGACACAGAGACCCAAACACCAGUGUGGGAGAACCAGGAUAGGAGUAGGGAUGAGUAUGCUGUAGAGACCCAGGCAUUUGAGAAGGACAGGAAAGGGGCCAGAGCGGAGGAUGAAGGAGAGACCCAGGCCCAAGGAUUGAGGAAGCAGGGCCAGACUGAAAGUGAGAAUGGUGAGGAGUCUCAGGUGCCAGGGUGGGGAAAACAAGACCAGAUUAGAGGUGAUAUCAGUACAGAAACUCUGGCAGAAGAGAGGAGAAAAAAGGACCAGGUUGGAGGUGAGAAUGCUGUGCAAAGCCAGAUAUCUGGGAGGGAAAACCUGGGAGAAGUUAAAAAAGAGGAUGGCAUGGAGACCCAGGCCCUGGGGUGGGAAAAACAGGAAUGUGUUCCAAGUGAGAAUGUAACAGAGAUCCAGAUGCCAGGGUGGGAAAAGCAGGAUCAAGGUGCAAGUGAGAAGUGUGGGAAGAUCCAAGUGUUCAGGGUAGAGAUCCAGAAACAACUAAGACAUGAACUUCAAGAGAAGUGGGGAAAUCAAGGCCUGAAAAGAGGUGAGGAUGAUGGGGAAACCCAGAUAUCUAGAAGGAAGAACCUCAAGGAGAUAAGAGAGGAGGAUUGGGUGGUGAUCAAGGCGCUAUGGUGGGGAGACCAGAGACCAGUAGCAAGUGAAAUUAACAGAGAAUUCAAAAUAUCAUGUUGGGGGAAUCAGGACCAGAUUAGAGGUGAUCAUAGAGCAGAAAUUCAAGCACUAGAAAAGAGAGACCAGAGAAAGGACAGAGAUGAAGAUGGUACAAAUACCCUGGUACCUGAGGCAGAGAACCAGAGGCAAUUAAGAGGUGUCUCUCAUGUAGAGACCCAUCCACCAGGGAGGAGGAAGCAGGAGCAGUUUGGAGAAGAGAAUAGCACAGACAUCCAGGCAACAGGGACAAUAAACCUGAGAGGGGUUAAAGUUGAAGAUGGUAAAGAGACUCAGGAGUUUGGGGAAGAAAACCAGCAUCAGUUAAACAGUGAAAGUGAUGGAAAGAUUCACAUACCAAAGUGGAAGAAUCAGGAAUACAUUACAGGCAAGGGUGGUGCAAAUACCCAGGCAUAUGAGGCAGAGAAUGGGGUAGAAUUAACAAGUAAAAUUGAUGUAGAAACUCAUUCAGCAGAACGGAAGAAAGAGGAGCAGGCUGGAUAUGAGAAUGGUGCAGAAAUCCAAGUUCUGGAGAAGAAAAACCAGGGAGAAGCUGGAGUUGAGGAUGGUACAGAGAUGUGGGCACCUGGGGAAGAAAACCUGAGUCAGUUAAGAGGUGACAUUGAUGGAAAGACUCAUUUAUCAGAUGGGAAGAACCAGGAGCAGACGGGAGGUGAGAACAAAACAGAAAUUCAGGCACCAGAGAAGAGAGAAACUGAAGGUAAGGUUGUUACAGAGACCCAGAUACCUGAGAGAGAGAACCAGGGACAGCUAGAUGGUGAAAUUGGAGAGAACCAUCCACCAGAGAGGAGAAACUGGGAGCAGAAUAGAGGAAAGAACAAUGUAGAAAACCCAACAUUGGAGAGGAAAAACCAGAGAGAGAUUAGAAACGAGGGCAAGGAAACAAGCGUGGAAAUGAGGACGCUGCAGAAAUCCAGGGUGUAG